CUGUGACUGAAAGGGGGAAGCUAAAGAACAAUGGAGGAAGGGAAGCAAGUUUGCGAGGCGGCGAGUUCAGGCGACUGUGCAAAGUUAAAAUCACUCAUAACUGGUGGUGCAGAUGUCUGUUACUUCGAUGAAGCGGGUUUAAAUCCACUCAUGCACGCAGCUAAAAAUGGACACGCUGAAGCUGUAAAGAUUCUACUAGAAGCUGGUGCCCCAUGGAAUGCUUUAUCUCCUUCUAAUGUCUCUGCUGGUGAUUUCGCUAUGGAUGCUGGUCAUCAAGAAGCAUUUGACCACCUUCUCAAUGCAGGGAUUCAAGCUGAAUUGGUCUUGGGAACAAUUGCUAGGGUAGAAAAGAAAGAUGGUGAUUCUAAGGGAGAUUAUUUGGAAGAGAGGGUUAGUUUUAGUGAGGAUAAGCUGAUGGACUCUGAAAGCAAGGCUGUUAUGAUGGCUUGGGAGAAACCAUUGAUGGAGGCUCACGCAAAAGCUGUUUGCUCAAAUGGUGGUCACAUUUUGAAUGUAGGGUUUGGAAUGGGUCUUGUUGACACGGCUAUUCAACAAUAUGGACCUGUUAAACAUACUAUUAUUGAGGCUCAUCCAGAGGUUUAUAAACGUAUGCUUCAAACAGGAUGGGGUGAGAAGGAAAACGUGAAGAUAGUUUUUGGGCGUUGGCAAGAUGUUCUAUCUCAGUUGGAGACUUAUGAUGGGAUAUUCUUCGACACUUAUGGUGAGUACUAUGAAGACUUGAGGGAGUUCCAUCAACAUCUACCUACAUUACUGAAGCCCACUGGGAUCUACUCAUUCUUUAACGGUCUUUGUGGAGGAAAUGCAUUCUUCCAUGUGGUUUACUGUCAGUUAGUUGCUCUGGAACUCGGGAGUUUAGGCUACUCUACUCAGUACAUUCCAUUGCCUGUUAAGGACUGCUUAGCAGAAGAAAUCUGGGAGGGUGUGAAACACAAGUAUUGGCAACUAGAUACGUACUACCUCCCUGUUUGCCAAUCUGCAGAAGAUACAGAAUGAUGUUUGAUCCUCGGUCAAGAACAGGUAUUAAUAUGAAGGCAUGCCCGUUAAUCCUAACUGACUACUCCAGGCACUGUUUUCAGCUAAAUGUUGUUUCAGUAUUAAUUGUCAUUGAAUCCUGCAUUUUGGAGUGCAUCUGCAAUUUUUGUAACAUUUCAAUUGGGAGAUCUGCUGUGGGUUGGUACCAUAUAAAGUGAUAAAUGUUUAAGGUCAAUAUCCUUUUUUGACAUCACUGCUCAGACUUUCGGUUAGUUCUAUUACCGUAGAGAGUGAAUCUUGGUGUAUUGUGUGUGGUGGAGUGUCAGAGAUAAACUGGAAAAUGUUAGGUGGUAUGUUGAUCCAUUUGUUGCAGGUUCACAAGGUAUUGUUUUCUUUACAUUUUAAAAUAUUUCA